AAAUAUUUGAAGUAAAUCAUCUGUAAUAUGACAUUUUCGGAUAAUUAUGUAAAAUGUUGCAGUGAAUUAGAUGUCGUUUUAUUUUCAAAUUGUUAUUACUUGUUUGUAGCUUGUGUUGUUGCUGUCGAGCAAGAAUCAAUCAAGGCGAACGGGCACCUUAUUGACAAGUGGGGGAAAAUAUUUGAUUUUGAUGAUUUCAGUCAUGAUGAAAUUCUUUCAAUUGAAGACGUAAAAGUAUAUGGGGAACAUUAUAGAGCUCGUUGUGAUAUGACCGAUAAGCAAAUAAAGACGUUUAUAAAAGAAAUGGAUAGACUAUGGAAGGGCUUCUUUUUCACAAACAAGAAAGAACUUUCCAAAGAUGACUUUAUUAACUUGAUGAAACAAAGAUAUGAGUCCAACACAACUGCUUUUAUUGAGAUGGUGCUUUUGUUCGAAUCGGGUUGGUGCAAAUUGAUAGACUUGAAUGGAGACAAGUUUCUUUCAAAAGAUGAAUUUAUUAUGGACUUUAAUACUGGAAAGCUCAGCAAUACCAAAAUAGACGAAACAUUUUUCUACAUGUAUCAGCCUGUUAAUGAUCGUAUCCCUCUUGACGAUAUGAUUAUGUCUUUUGUUCUCUUUUUUACUGAACCCGGUAAGUCGAAACCGGACAUUGUUUUUAAUGGAUUAAAUAUCGGAGUUUGAAUAAUAACUAUUUUCUUGAAACGUGAAGAAAAACUGGAAGAGAACAGAUAAUAUUAAAUAGUUUAUCCGAAUA